UUGCUGAUUCUCGGGAGAGAUUCGAAACUUCUCUGUGGAGGGAGAGAAGCGCGCGGGGCAAAUGGCGCUCCUCGUGGGAGCGAGACCCGCCGGCGCAUUCUACUCUUCGCUGCUCCAGUGCUGCAUCAGCUCCGGCGCCCUCCGGCAAGGCAAGUCCGUCCACGGCAGGGUCGUCAUCGCGUCCGCGUCACCUCCGGACCUGCACCUUAGCACCAAGCUCAUCAUCUUCUACGCGCGGUUCAGCGACGUCGCCGCCGCCCGCAAGGUGUUCGACGGAAUGCCGAGCAGGAGCGUCGUGUCCUGGACGGCCAUGCUGUCCGGCUACGCCAGGAACGGGCUCCCGUGGGAGGCUCUGGAGCUGUUCGCGCUCAUGCACGCGUCAGGCCCCCGGCCGAACCAGUUCACAUACGGGAGUGCGGCCAGCGCGUGUGCUGGGGCCGGGUGCGCCAGGAGCGGGGAACAGGUGCACGCGUGCGCUGCCAAGGGGAGGUUCGCAGGCGACAUGUUCGUGCAGAGCGCGCUCAUGGACAUGCACCUGAGGUGCGGGUCGGUGGAGUAUGCACGCCAGCUGUUCGCCGAGAUGGUGAAGAAGGACGUGGUGUCCUGGAAUGCCCUGAUCAGGGGAUUUGUGGAACGCGGUUAUCAUGGCGAUGCGCUUGGAUUGUUCUCUUCAAUGUUGAAAGACGCAAUGCUGCCUGACCAUUUCACAAUUGGAAGUGCUCUAAAAGCCUGCGGAAUAGUCAGUGUGCCUGUCAAUGUUGAGCUAAUUCACACUUGCAUAAUCAAAUUGGGUUAUUGGGGUGAAAAGGUCGUUAUUGGAUCACUUAUCAACUCAUACACAAAAUGUGGGAGUAUGAGCAACGCACGAAUGAUAUAUGACUCCAUCUCUGAACCAGAUCUCAUUUCAUCCACUGCACUGAUCAGUGGGUACACCAUGGAUAGAAACCACAGUACAGAUGGAAUGGAGAUCUUCUGUAAAAUUCAUCGCAAGGGAUUAUUAGUUGAUGGUUUUUUAUUAAGCUCAUUGCUUUGCCUUUGUGCUAGUGUUCCAUCUGCAAGAUUUGGAACACAAAUUCAUGCAUAUAUGUGCAAAAAGCAGUCUAUGGGUGAUGUUGCAUUGGACAAUGCCCUAGUUGACAUGUAUGCAAAGGCAGGAGAAUUUUCAGAUGCCAAGCGUGCUUUUGAUGAAAUGCCCUACCGGAAUGUGAUUUCUUGGACGUCACUUAUUACUGCUUGUGGAAGAAAUGGUUAUGGAGAAGAUGCCGUGCCUCUUUUUAAUAGGAUGGUGGAAGAUGGUGUGAGGCCAAACGAUGUGACAUUCCUUGCUCUUCUAUCUGCAUGUGGACACUGUGGUUUGACGAGCAGAGGGAUGGAGUAUUUCACUUCUAUGAUAAACAAGUAUGGUAUUGAUCCAAGAGCUGAGCAUUACAGCUCAGCUAUUGACCUUCUUGCUCGUGGAGGCCAGUUAGAAGAUGCAUGGAACCUUGUUCAGAAGACAAACUUCAAGCCCAACUCUUCAAUGAUGGGUGCAAUGCUUGGAGCCUGUAAAUUGCACGGAAACAUGCUUCUUGGAGAAACUGCAGCGAAGAACCUUUUUAGUAUAGAUCCUGGCAGUUCUGUAAACUAUGCUGUUCUUGCAAACAUGUAUGCAGAAUGUAAUCUAUGGGAGGAUGCACAGAGGACAAGAAAAAUAAUAGAUGAAGCAUCAGAUGGAAAGGAAGUUGGUUUCAGUGUCAUCUGAAGAUACUUAUGAAGGGAACUUCUCAACUGCAAGAAAUUUUGAUGACUGCCAAUAGCCAAUCAUAGGUGCAUCAGAUGAACCUGGAAUUUUUGUCACUUUCACAAGCCCAAUACACCUGAGACUCCACACUUAAGCGAUUUCUGCCUGUUCAGUUAACAGUGAGCUGCCCAUGGCUUAUCACCAAUUCACUAGCCAUCAAGUUCGUUUAGUAGGUCAUUGUUCGUGAUGAGAUGACCAAGAUCAUAUCCCGAGUCCCAAGUCUCGCA